UUUUUUUCUUCCUAGUAGUGUUUUCAUUUCUCUCUUAGAAGCUAAGGUUGUUUCUUGUUCUAUCGAAAUGAGGCCGAACUAUUUCUUUUGUGAUCACGAACUUCUACCCGAAAAUUUGUUGGUAGAGUUCGUGAUUUGUGUGUUUAAUCGCAAAUGUCUUUAUGACCCCGCUUUCGAACAGUUUUAUGAUGGAGACCAAACCAAUCGCGCUUGGGCCGAAAUCGCAGAUCAGUUUGACUCCACUAUUGAAAUCGUUAAUCACACAUGGCAAGUCAUUUAUGCAAAGCAUUUUGAGCAGUACGCUGAAGGGAUAAGGUUUGGAAGAGUUUCCAGUUGGUACCUUAUGAAAUACUUAGGAUUCUUAAAUAAAGCAAUGUUUCAGUACAAAAUGGAUUUAUUGACGUCAGUCAACGCCUCAACCGAACAUUCUGUUAUUCAACAAUCAAUGUCAGAUGGAACAAUUAUGGAACAGCUAAAGUGUCAAAAUGAGCGUCAGGAAGUAUUUGAUGAACAUCAAGAGCUAUAUGAGAAGAAACGCAGGCUAUUUUAGCGUUACUUUUAUAUUUGGAUUUUUAUUUUCAAAACAAAUAUUUUUUUAUAUUAAUUUUGUUUUGACAUUUUAUUUCUUACUCACAUGUAAUUUAAGUUACAUAGAGAAAAUUCAAUUUUUUUUUUAAUAUUUUUUUUUGGUAGUUGUCGUUUGAUAGAACUUCUGAUUUGUUGUACAAUUUAAAAUUUUAUUUGUAAAAAUGUGUAAAUAAAUUAU